CCCUAAAUAAAAUAAAUAGUUUAAUUUAAAUAAUUAAUUACCGCCGUAAUAUCAAAGGAUUUAUUUUACGCGAAAAUUGGCAUUGCCCAAUGAUCAAACAAUUCGUUAAUUGUGCUUUAUCAGUGUGUGGUGUAUCGUGCUGAUAUAUUGAACUGGUGAAAUUGAAAAAUAUUGAGGAAGUGGAUGGGGAUUAAUUGAACGCGUGGGAUGGAUUCUCCGUCAAAAUUUGAAAAUUAUGAAUUCGAAUGAUGGACAUUUGAAUUAUCUCAUUGUCACAGCUCUUCUGACAAAUACUAUGAAGAAGUGAGCAAUAUGGACAUAAUCAAGACUAACCACAAGUAGUUCAUUGUACACCGGAAAAAAAAUUGAAACAAAAAGAACAAAUAAAUCAAUCCCUCGGAAGUUAACGACGUCUGACACUCGUAAUAAAAGCUGACGGAAACAAUGAAAACAAAUAUGAGAAUAUGCAGUCAUCUCUGGCUUUUGUGGACAGUGAUGGGUGUUGUCAAAGCCCAAACGGCCCAGCAUUGUCCACCACCAGCGUCAAUAAAACCCUGUUGGUGUUCAGUUAAAAAACUCGGUCUCGAUAUAAUAUGCGAAUACACCGAUCACACGCACAUAAGUACAGCCAUGACAGCUCUGAAAAGCCAGCAAAAUACGAUAAUAUUUUACUUGAAGCUGCGACACAAUAAUUUACCGAAACUUCAGGGAUUUAUUUUUCUGGGACUAAUUGUUCAACAUCUUACGAUACACAACAGCACAUUGGCGACGGUUGAAGAAACUUCUCUAAGUUCUAUCGGUAAACGACUAACACAGCUGGACCUCUCGCAAAAUUCACUGGUGGCUGUACCAUCAGCAGCUUUAGCCAAUCUCCAUUCACUGAUGAUUCUCAAUUUAAAUAGAAAUAAAAUAAAAGAUCUUCGCAGUAGAUCAUUUGCUGGAUUAGAUACAUUGGAAAUGUUGAAUCUGUACGAAAACAAAAUCAGCAACAUUGAGCAGGACGCAUUCACUGGCCUUGACGACCGUAAGCUAAAACGCUUGAACUUGGGUGGAAAUCUAUUGACAGCUGUUCCAACCGUAGCUUUAGCUUCACUCGAUGUUUUGAAGAAGUUGGAAAUGCAGGAGAAUAAAAUUACGUCGAUUACAGAAGGAAAUUUCGCUGGUCUGAAGGGAUUGGAUUCAUUGGUAUUAGCGCACAACCAAAUACGUGAGGUACCUGCGCGUGUAUUUUCACACCUGACACAAUUAAACUCUCUGGAACUAGAUGGAAAUCUUAUCACUCACGUUGAUCCUGACGCAUUCAUCGGUUUAGAGGAAAAUCUUCAAUACCUGCGACUCGGAGAAAAUAAUUUACACGCUGUACCCAGUGACGCGUUGCGGAGACUCCAUCGUCUACGACACUUAGACCUGAGAUCGAAUAACAUCACAGUUUUGCCUGAAGAUGCGUUCACCGGUUACGGCGACUCAAUAACUUUCCUGAAUCUCCAGAGAAAUUUAAUUAAACAUUUGCCUCCUAUGAUUUUUGAAAAUUUAAAUUCCCUUCAAACACUAAAUCUGCAAAAUAAUAAAUUGACCCACAUACCGGAAGAAAUUACGGAGACAGUCAUCGAUACGUUGAUAAUGCUCGACAUAACUGAUAAUCCGCUGAUUUGCACGUGCGAUCUGCAAUGGUUCUCGGGGUGGUUGAAGAAUCUGAAGGACAAGGAUGACGACAUAAUGUCUAAAAAAAGGACUGUGUGUACAAUGGUCCAGGACAAUCGGGAGUAUGCGGUGCAAAAUAUUCCACUGGCAAAAAUGGGCUGCGUUGGUAAAAAUGCUGGGCGAGUCUCGUCGUCCGGAUUUGUGUCCUUCCACCCUUAUUUGGAGGUCAUUCAAGUGUUUAUGACCGUUGGAAUUUUAAUUCUCUUGUAAUUUUUGAUUCCCCCAUUGACGAAUUAUUUUUAGUUCUCUUGUUUUUGAUUUUGUUAAUUUUGUUUCAUUUCUCUAUCGAUAUCGCAUGACUCGUCUGUUUUUCAUUGAAACUUUGACAAUCGAAAGCCACAUAAGUUAUCGAAUUUUUUGAUAAAUUUUGUUGAUGGAUUUUUUUAUUGGUAAACAACAGUGGCUAUGUGAUAAAAAUAAUGAAAGAUGCGUCGAUGGUUGACUCAUCCCGAGAGCGACGGGACAUGGGCAAUCAUUGAGAUUGGAUGAGAGAAAAAGGAAAAAGGAAAAAGGUUUUUCCCAUUUAUUCAAAAACGAUACAUAUCAUGAUCGUUGGUAAUACGUAUUUAUGGAUAUGAUUAUACAUUUUUCCCCCUUUCGAUCUUCCACUGGUAUUAUAUUUAGAUAUAUUUACACCGGUUUAUUGGUCACCGGGGGAUAAGUACGAAUUUCAGAGACAUAUCACAAAAGCGCGUUCCAACUUCCUCGUUUAUCAGUCAAAUUGAAAGAAAAAACGAGUUAAUUGUCAAGCUUUCAAGUUGAAUUGAAGUAUUUUCCAUAAUGAUGCCUCAAAGAUAACAAUAAAUUUUAUAUAUUUUUAAAAAUAUACAAAAAUGACGGUAGAUAAGUUUGCAAAUAAUUUUUUUUUAAUUUAAAAUAUAAAAUUUUUUUUUGUUUGCGGUGUGGAGACCACUUUAUGGGCUAUUGAUAGUGCCAGUGUAUUAAAGUGAUUAAUUUUCUGUGAGUCUAAGUGUGACAUGCAUGGAGGAAUGAAACUGGAGAGUACCUUAAGGUUCUUGUCGCGCUACAGUCUCGGUAGAAAAUAAUUUUCUGUAAUUAUUUCUCGAAAACAAAGUGGUCAAUCAAUUUAAUUUUUUCCACUGUAUUCAAUGAUGCGACUUCCACUAAACAAUUUUUAUUUAAAAAUUUACCCCAUCGUUAAUUUUUAAACAAUUCUAAUUCGUCAAAUUCCAUUUAAACACCUGAACAUUUUCUUAAACUUCAAAAAAUUCAAUUUCAAUUUCAAAAUGAACAAUGUCAACCUGAAAUGAUAAUUCCACGACUACUUUUUGCAACAAUUCACCCUAAAAAUUAAACCAAAAAUUAUCCAACAAACAUUUUUCCAAAUAACAACUUUAACCGUAAAUUACGUUCAUCGAACUGUAAUUUACGUUCACGUUUUUCCGUACAGCGAUAAAUAUUAAAAUUUGUAGGGCCGCGUUGCCUUCGCCUUGGAUCGCGUUUCCUUUACUUAUAAUACCGAAUGGAAAUUACAUAAUGACACAGCUUGAUGAAACGUAAUACACUGAACCGGAAGUGAACACUUUGUGCAAAGCAACAAUUCAAAGACUCCAAUUUUAUUCUUUCCUGCUGUCCCCUGACUCCCCAAAAGUUUUUGCAUUCCCCACAAUAAAAAUUCCACCCCAUUUCCCCUCAAUUUCCUCCCAACCCACAACUUAAACAUUAAUUUUACGGCACUGUGGAAAAUAUUUCAUCACCACGUCAACAAUAAACAAUCCCGAGGAAGUUGAAAAUGUGAUGAAAAUCACCGAAGAGUCUAUUGACCCAAAAAAAAAUAUAUAAACGCACUCGUUUCAACUACAUAUCAUAUUAGUCUUAAAUAAUCCAUUUUACCAAAGCUAUGUGUUUACUAAAUUUAAUUAAUUAAUUAGUGUAAAUUUACUUUCAAAAGCAAUUGUAGUGCGAAAAAUUUCUACCAAAAACCACCAACAACAACAUGAAAUUAAUCUAUGAAAGUAAAAAAUAUAUUUAUGAUAUAUUCGAUAUAUAUCAUACUUUAUUAUAUUAUUAUUGAUGUAAAAUUUUAAGGUGAAUUUAGGAUCUCGUGGCCAUAAAAAUCAUAUACAUAUCUCGUGAAUUCCCAAACUUUUUUUUUUGGGAAAUCAAUAGUGAUCGAAUCAGAAUAUUAUACAUAAAUAAAAAAUACAACUUUAAGAUUUUUUGAAAGUACCCUAUUCGUUGAAAAAAAAUGAACUAUUGACGUCAUGUUUAUAUUAGAAGAAAAAAAUUAUUGUUGAGGAUGGAAUAGGCGCCAUUGUAAUAGACUAGACUAUCACGCAUGUCCAUAUAUUAUUAUUAUUCCUAUUAUUUUAAUAAUUAUUUAUGGAUAAGGGAAAGGGGUUCGCCGAUUAGUUAACGAUCGACAUAAAAAUUCACUCGAGUCAGGAGAAAUUUUCUUCGUAAUUUUCAGUGGAGGAAAAAUAAUCGACUUUCCCUUUGCGAUGAUAUACUAAAUACCAUUCUAUAAUGGCCCUAUAUAUUAAUAUAGAAUACGUAAAAAGUAUAUCAUCGCUUUCCCCUCCAGUCAGUUCAAAAAUAUUUUUUUAAUCAUUUAAGCGACGAUAGAAUUUUUUUUAGUUAAAAAAACGUGUCUCUCCCAUCGAGGGGUUGUCAACAAUUUUAAAAGUUAUUUAACGCAUACUUUACGACAAUUGGGGUAACUAUUCAUCGGCUAUGAAUUAAGGAUCGAAUUAAAUUUGUAAAAUCACAGCACACGACACACGACACAAUCGAAUUGAUAAUUAAUUUCGAGAAAGACUUUGGACAAAAAAUUUCUGUCAUUAACGAGACUAGAGUAAUAGUACGUUAACAUCCCCCUGAGUUUUUUUUAUUUCAAGUUAAUCACGUUGAGACAUAUCGACUUGCUGGUGACGUCGUAGCUGGACGUGCGCCUGUUAUCUAAUCAAUAAAAGACUAAUUAAAUUAGUGAACGUGUAUUUUUGUACAGGUGGCUAACAGCUAUCAACGAAAAAAAAUGAUACGAAUGGAUAACCUCCCCUGACCUACACUGAUAAAUAUUUAGAUAUUCUGGAGGCGAUUUACAAAAACUCGUCGGUAUUUUUAAUGUUGAUAAUCCUCACCCCUCACCUCCUCACCUGUCCCAUAAAUAAAACGAAAAAACUAGCGAAAAAAAAAAAUAUUAAUCUCGAGUUUUCCAUUCUUCCAUUAUCCCACUGUCGAGGGAGACGAGAAAAUAUAUACAUAAUAUAUAUAAAUAUAUAUGUACGUUUUUUUAGAUGGUAAAUGAAAAAAUAGUUCAGCAGAUAUCACGCGAAUAUCGCAAUCGCACGAUUCACGCGUUUGUAACGACAAUUGGACGUAGAAAUAAAUUUUCAUUAUUUUUACGAAUUUAUUGUGAAGCGAUAAAUUGUAUCGAAUAUUUAAAACUAUUGUGUAAACAAUAUUAUACAUUCAGAGGGUGAAAAAUCGUGCAUUUGUGGUUCAUACCUAUUAUAUGUCUAUAAACAAUAUAUUAUAUGAAGUUAUAACAACAUUUUUCUCGUAAUUUGACGAAAUUACAUCGUAGAAACGUUAGAGAAUGAAAAAAAUAUCAAUUACUCCAAUUUUUCAGAUCGAAGAUAUUUAUAAUUAGUUGGAAACACUAGUUCCUCGAAGAGAAUCUAUAUGUAUUCAUGAUUAUUUAUAAAUUUUCGAAAUUUAUGGGAUUAUAACAGUUGUAACUAUGAUUAUUGUUAUGGUGAAUACUUACUUCCAGGAGACGUGAUUAAUAAAUAUUAGAAACGAU